AUGCCGGCGCAGGGCGGGCCGCAGGGCUCGCUUGUGCCGGGCUACCCCGUGCCCACGCCAAACUACGGCUCAACGGCGUACUCGCCGUUUGCGCGCGUCGAGAGCCUCAACGAGCGGCGCGAGGCCAACGAGGAGAUGUAUGGCGUGCCGGAGAACUUCCUCGAGGUCGAGGUGCGCAACCCGCUCACACACGGCUUUGGCCGCAAGCAGUACACCGACUACGAGAUCGUGACACGGACCAACAUCCCGGCCUUCCGCGUGCGCUACUCGAGCGUCCGGCGCCGCUACUCGGACUUCGAGUACUUCCGCGACGUGCUCGAGCGCGAGAGCGCGCGCGUCAACAUCCCGCCGCUGCCGGGCAAGGUCUUCACGAACCGCUUCGCCGACGAUGUCAUCGAGGCGCGCCGCGAGGGCCUCGAGCGCUUCCUGGUCACUGUCGCGGGGCACCCGCUGCUGCAGACCGGGUCCAAGAUCCUCACCGAGUUCCUGCAGUCGUCGGCCUGGCAGGCGCGCGCAUGGUAG